GCUGACGCGCGUUGGACGGAAGACAAGGCGGGUGAAUGAUCGUCACCAAGAGGCAGACCAAAAAGAAAGAAAGUGAGAAGUGAAGGGCUAGGGAAUCAGAGGCAAGUUGCGCUGCCAUGAUUCCGUUAUUCCGACUCUCGUUACGCCCGUUCUGAUCCCAGGAGUUGGCUCCGGCCUCCGCCGACUCGCAACGAUGUACCAUCUAGCUAAGUCGUUGUAUAUGUACGCUACGAGCAAAGAGGAAUAUUCUGUCCUCCUUCUCGGGCUAGACAACGCUGGCAAAACUACGCUCCUCUCGCAGAUCAAGGCGCUCUACCAACCCCGUCCCGACGGCGCCCCUGCUCCGAACCCCGGCAAGACCGUGCCUACAGUCGGCCAAAAUGUCGCAACCAUCAAUCUCCCGGAAAUGUACCUGAAGAUCUGGGAUGUUGGGGGUCAACUAACGAUGAGAAAUUUAUGGCAAAGCUACUACUCAAGCUGUCAUGCGAUCAUCUUCGUCGUCGACAGCACCGACGUCGGUCAGGACCCAGAUAUCGCCCGUCUCCCUUCGAAUCGCCGAUCCAGUACUGCAUCGGGGAGUAACGCCGAUGCGUUCACCGAACAGACGGUUGGCAUUAAUGCGCCAGGGAGCGACUUUGGUCGACUCGACGAGUGCAGCGAAGUGCUAGAAUCAGUGUUAAAGAACUCGGAUGUUGCGGGUGUACCGAUUCUGGUCCUAGCAAAUAAACAAGAUCGAGAAGACUCGGUAGAAGUUGUUCGCAUCAAGGAGGGAUUUGUGCGCAAGGUCUUCGAGGGAGAAUCUGGAGGCGCCAUGCGCGACAGUCGCGUCUUACCCGUCAGUGCGCUCCUGGGCUCAGGAGUCCAGGAAGCUGUGGAGUGGGUUCAAACCCGAGUCAAAUGGAAUAAAGAGGGUAGGCCUCCGGUGAUGAGGUGAUACGCUAUGCCAGUUAUGGAGAGCUCCAUGUAAGACUGGAGCUGAGAUCGUCCCCCGUACCUGGCUGACUUCGUGAGACGGUCAGCAAUAGGUGCCUCUAGAUUUUGCUUGGUGCCCUUGAUAUUAGAUCUGAUUGGAUUUGGGCUUGUUAAUGGCGUAGAGAGGAUUUGUUCACACGCAAAGAUACCUUAGUUUAAUCGUUUUACUUUCUUCAUGUGCUAGAUACUUUCUAUGGAAUGUACUUUUCAAUGACACAUAAUGUUUCGCGAAAGCCGAUGUCUC